AUGGAUAGUGAAUCUAUUGAAUACGAGAAGAAACUGCUGGAGGUUAAUGACUCUGCGGACAAUGAUUAUAAAAUAUUACUUUCUGGCUUGCUAACUGUGAUAUCAAGGGCUAAAUCCAUCGAAAACCAAACAGAAAGUGACAAAUUUGACGAUGGGAGCGGUGAUGAUGCACGUGAAGAGGAGAAGAAAGAUCCUGAGCUUGAGACUUUCUUUAAAUGUCUGAUGGCAAACGGGAACUAUUGCAUGGUUAAAAGCCAGAGAAGUAGCUCGCCGUUUUUUAUUAAAUAUGAACACGAUGAGAGUUCGGACGAGGAGCGUGAUUUGGAUUAUAAGAGGAAAUUGAGGAGUGCCAAGAAAAAAAAUAAGCAAACCCCCAAUAAAUGCGGACAGGAUUUUCCAAAGCCGGAUUCUAGUGAGAGGCAAUUGAGGAUUGAGAGAGUAGAGAAUCUGAGGAAAUUACGUAAAGUGAAAAAGGAACCUGAUUAUGGCGCCUUCAUGCAGGCAUGCCAUCUUGUGGAUGGUCAUAUGGUUUACGAUUUUCGGCCUCACAGUGUUGUGUAUGAGAAUGUGGAGGAUUGGGCUGAUGAAGUGGAAAUUUUGGAUAGUGCGACUUUUAACGAAGGAAAUUCGAGUGUGAAUAACAGUUCUGAAUUUAGGCGGCAGCUUAUGGAUGUUCUUAAAAAGCCUUAUGAUGAAAAAGAGUAUGAGAAGCUGUGGUUUGAUGUUGAACUCUCUAAGCCAGAAGAGCGCCAUAGAGAAUUGCGCCAUGGGAGAGAGAGAUCGAGCGCUACAGACAAAUCUGGAAAGUCUUAUCUCGAUUACCAUUCCGGUCUUAGAAGACAACUCUCGAAAUUCCCAGAUGAUAAACCAAAACUUUUGAACCUUUUACGAGGUUUCUUCUUUUGGCUUGAGAAAUCUUCGCAAGACAAUGCGUUUCAACCUUGGAACGAUGCAGAAUGCUUGGCCACACGCCCGGAUUCUGGUUAA